AUGCAUUCUGGAAACCUCGUUCAGUUCUGUGUUGUGCUGUGCGCCCAGUGGCUUUUGGCAGAAGGAUGCAGGUGGGCCCAAUUUCAACUUGGCAGCAAGAACGAGGAAAGCGUGUUGCUUCUCUCAAAGAUGGGCGGACACUUCCCUCUGGGGUGCGUAAAAGAGAAGGGGGCGCGCCUCUUCCCCCAGGGUGUGUAUGAGAAGGCCCAGGGUGCAGAUGUAGCCGAAGUUGCCUUGGAGGCGCUGGGGUAUGUCCGCGACAUCUUCCGGAGAGAUAUGAGCGAAGUCACGUCCUCAUGGAAUCAAAGCGAACUCGAAUUGUUCAUCAACAUACUCCAUCGUCAAAUCGAGAAGCUAAAACCAUGUGUGGGAUCCCAGAACUCCAACGAAAAUGCAACCCUGAAGUCCUAUUUUGAGAAACUCAAUGCCAUCCUCACAGAAAAGGACCUUAGCGCAUGCGCAUGGGAGAUCGUGAGGGAUGAAGUCCACUUCAAUCUCGUGCAGCUCCACGCGUUUUUGCAGACUAGGAAAACCAAAUGA